UUGUGAAGCAGUGGAAGUAUUGUACAGUCCUCAGAAUGAAUAUAAUUUGUUUGACGUGUUUAUUAUGUCAUCUCAAGUGCGAUGUGAUGAUACAAUCAAUUUAACUCCCAACACAAACCAUAAAAAAAUUAAAUUAACAUCUUCAUCAAUUACAUCAGUAUCACCCACAAUCAAAGAAAAUGAAGAUAAUGAAAAUUCUUUAGUAAAACAACUUAAAGAUUUUCAAAAGUCAGUUAACAGGCAACUUAUUGUGCAAAAACAUGAAACAAAAAAUAUACAGGAUCGCCUUGACAUUAUAAUAAAUACGCAGGAAAAAAUAUUUGAAAAAUUAUGCGAUCAAACCACAUAUGUUUUAAUGAUGAGUAUCUAUGUGAAAAUGAUACAAUAAAAUUUAUGGACAUUGGACAGUGAUGAAGAUUUGAAUGAAAUGGAGGAAAAAUUAAUUGAAGAAACAAAGUAUAGAAUA